GUAGGUCAUCGUCGGUCAGUGAAAAGAGGGAUAUAGUAACGGGGCGGAAUUUGUUUAGAAUCGUGUUGUUGAGGCUAUUGAUGAAGUUCUAAGCCGCGGGCGGUGCUAGAACUCGAGAUGACAGUGGAAUGAUUUAUCGACUUGCGAGAAUGGUUUGCUGUAGAUCGCGCGUGUGCCUAGAGUGUGUUUAAAUAUUAUAUGUUUUGCGUCGUUACAACCAUUCCGUUGCUAAUGGAGUUGAUUCAUCCUUACCUAAUACUGAUGACUGCCAUCUCCUUAUACUUCUGUGUGCUUUUGAUUUGAUGAACUGCUUCUGCUGUCUUCCUUUAGCAUCAGUAGCUGAUCUGGCUCCUAGCGAAAAAAGUAGCCAUUUGAACUCGUUCUAGAAGUGUAGGCUUCAACACUGCGACUGAAAUAGGUCGGAAAAAAGAACAUUUCGUUACAGGCAAUAUGCCUCUUCCCGGAAAACCCGAUAGCGGCAUUUCAUGGUGCCCACAAGUGGAACAAUUUUCCACAGAUCAGCGGUGGAAAUCAGUAAUCGCGAGCCGCGAACAACUACUACUGUAGUGAGAGGGUUAAAAAAAAGAGAGAAAAUGGCAGAAAGAGAGAUGAACGAGAGCGAGAGAUAAAUACAUUUUUACCGCACAAUGGGGUAUACUAUCAGAAGAGCGGAAGUGGUUUCAGUUGGAAGAUGACUGCAAAGUAUAAUAGCCGCGAGCGCUGUGGUAAUGGAUUUCCCCGACCCUACAAGGUUCAUUUCAUCCAGCUGAGGUUAUUAUGGAUGCUGGGAGGUAGCGAUGCGUGCCCGUACGAAUGGCAAUGAGAAACAAACGCGAUGAAAUUCGUUUUUUCUCAUAAUGUCGACUGCCCGGAGAGGAAAUUGAGAAGUUCAAGAACAAAUGUGAACUAUCAAGUCAUCCAGUCAUUGAUUAUUUCUAGCCAAAAAACAGGAAUCUCGUAAACGUAACGGUCAAAUGAUCAAGAUUCCGUUACUUUUGAUUGCGAAUUCAAACGCAUUGUGUAGCUCAUAGUAGCUCAGUUUGGCGGACAGAAUUAGUCGAGCAGUCGAGCAGAUUUUGUUGAAAAUUCAGGGCGAUGGGAGGCUGCGGUCGUGAAAAACUUGGAAAAAUGCAGUGAAAAGUGCAAGUGAUAUCGCAAAAUGGCAACGCAGAAGCCGGGUGAAUGGGCCAACUCACUGUUGGCCCGGUUCGAAGAGCAGCUCCCGUACCGUACACCGGCACGGCUAAGUAUCGACGAGACGAUGAACUGCCUGAUACAGAUCUCACGCUACCGGUUUUCGCUCGUGAUCUCCGGCCUCACGAAAAUGCUGCAGCGGGUCAACGAAAUAUUUCAACCGCCAGCCUGUCGUGGGCACGAACCCGAACGCUGCUGUUACGAUUCCCUCAUCAUCAUCCUCGAGACCCUCGAGCGGUGCCUAUCCGGACAAUCCAAAGAUACCGCGCGUUUCGAGGAGGCCAUGAACGUGAAGCUGUUGCUACGGGAGAUCUGUCAGUUCAUCGACAUCCAGAACGAGAACAACCAAAAUGCCACCUCGCUGAAGGCCCUGGCUUCGAAGGUGUUGUUUGCGCUCUCGCAAAAUCACUUCGGUGCGGUGUUCAAUCGCAUUUCGGCCCGAUUGCAGGAGCUCAGCACGUGCGCGGAGGAGAACCCAGACUAUAGCGACAUCGAGUUGAUACAGCACAUCGAUCUCGACGUGCACCGUCUGACGAAGCUGCUAACCGAGACGGUGCAGAAGUUUAAAUCACUGAAGAAAUCGGCCCACAUGAUCCUGCUCAGUUCACUCGAGCGGGCCCUCUGGAACUGGAUCGAGUUCCAUCCGAAAGAGUUCGAAGAUUUGCAGCGCAACCCAAACGAAGAGCUGAGCAAGUGCUGCGAAACGUUCUUCGAUAUCCUGGACUCGUACUCGGAGAAUAAGAAGGCUCGAUCCGCCGUCUGGCCGCUGCAGAUCAUGCUGCUCGUGCUGAGCCCGAAGGUGCUGGAGGAAAUCGUGAACGCAGACACGGGGGCACCCUGUUCGCCGCGGCAUCUCAAGAAGAAGCACUUCAUGGAGGGCAUUAAGAAGGGGCUGGGAGCGCACGCUUCCUCCAAACAAUCCACGGAAUCGGCCGCCAUCGCGUGUGUGAAGUUGUGCAAAGCAUCAACGUACAUCAACAUCAACGACGCCAACAACGUUACCUUUCAGCUUGUGCAGAGUGUUAUCAAUGAUCUGAAGGCGCUGCUGUUCAACCCAGCGAAACCGUUCUCCCGUGGACAGGGUUUCAAUUUUCAGGAUAUCGAUCUAAUGAUCGACUGCUGGGUGUCCUGUUUCCGCAUUAAACCGCAUAACAACGAAGCGCUGAAGGUGUGCUUGAGCCUUAACUCUCCGCCGGCCUAUCACUUCGUAAUCGUCAGCUCACUGUUGAAGAUCGUUACGCAGGCGCGGUUACCGUGGUGGCCCCAGAUUGAUCUCGUGUACGCCCGAUCGGGCGAGCUGCGUGGA